UUCAAGGCGAAAGCCCGUUCACCAACGGGCACCUACCUCAGUGUGGUUUAUGUACAUAGCCCGUUAACGCAUUCAUCAAUGACAAUACAGUGACUGAAAACUUGCUACAAACACAUUACUCAUGCGAAAUCGAGAUGAUAGUACUAAUUGCGGCUGUGAUCCUGACACUCCGUGUAAACGUUGCUGUUACCGGCAUGUACACAGACACCCCGACAGGAUGUGACAUCAUCAGUCUUGGAAAGCCAGAUGACGAACACUGGUCCAGUACCCACGCAUUCCACGAUACAAUUGAAGCAACAGUACAGACCCAAAAUUACGACUGGAAAGAGUUUGGCCUCAGUUUCGAGUCUGAAGAUGAACAUCCUAUAGGUUACCUCCAGAUGAGGAAAAGGGGUAACGCUACUGACAUGACCUUCCGUGAUUGGGGCCCGAGUGAAUCGGGUCCUCAGAGCGAAAAGCACCAGAUACCAGCACAGCCCAAAGAUCUGUUUGUUCAAUGGACAACCAUCACUCUGCGACGUUCAAACACAAGCCUGCAUGUCACAGUGGGCAGGACCAUUGAAAAGACCUUCACGGUCAACACAGCACCAUUCAAGUUCGUCUCCGCUUACGUGCCGGCCAAUCAGCACAUUAGAGUUGGAUUUGAGUGCAAACAAGGAAAAUCGAGCAUCCACAAUGACCCACCUCCACCAGAAACAGUGACAUCUGAUGACCUUUCAGCAUCGCUACUACCUUCGUCAACAGAAUCAGAAGCAGGGUCACAGACAGGAGUUGCAAUAGUCGUUAUAUUUCUCCUGUUAGUGGCAGCCGCUACAGGAACAGGAUGCUACUUCUGGAGGAAGAAGGCCCGUUUGCACUCCAAAAAUAGUGCUAAAGAUAGGCAAGAAGAUGGUAUAGAUGGUGAAGCCCAAGCUCUUGUGUCUCAAAAUUCUCAAAAUUCUAAGACAACACAAGGUCCGGACACAGCGUCAAUUGUACAGGAACCUCUUGAUGGGAAUUCUGAUUUAAAUACUAGGUGUCAUGAAGUAAAAGAAGAUAUUGAUACCCAAAUCACCGAAGAAGAGACCAAUGGUAAGUCUAAAGAAGACCCAAACCCUGAAUGUAUUUCUGGGGGUUUGAACGAGAAUCAAGAGCCACAAACUGCGAACAACAAUGCCCAAAUAGUCAGUGAUUCCCAACUGCAAGAUCUCGAGAGCCAGAUCUUACCAGAACAAACCCCAACGUCAAAACUGGAAGGGAGCUACCAAAAUAACUUAGUGGACCCAAUUCCCGAGGAAACGCCAGUGAGUACUGCACAAGACCAUACUAUUGAUGAUUCAUUUGAUGAAGUAAUAGAUGCUUUAACUCUAUUAAGUAUUAAUGAUGAAGGUACAGCAGAUAAUCAUAAAGCUGGAAAUGAUUUAGGCCGAAAUACUGAAGGUCAUCUGGGGAACAGCCAAGAUCCUCAACAUGAGAGCACCUCCACAAAUAAGCAAACGAUUCAGGGUAGCCUACGAAACGACCAUCCAGAGAACAUUGGCAAUGCCUAUGGAGAGACGGCAGUCUAUGAGGAGCCAAUGACACGUACACUUAUUAGAAAUAUGGGUGAAAACGAAGGUACAGUCCCAACUCGGUUACAAGAAAUACAGAACACCACUAACACUCCAGAUACUGAAGAGGAAUCUCCAGAAAUGGAUGACGAGGACUUAUAACAUUCAGCAGGAGGACAGCAAUUCUCAAGAAUUCAAAUGAGAAGCCAAGAGACCAAAGUUUGGAAUAUAAGUUAAUUUAUAAAAUAAGAUACGAUUUCAUUACUAGACGAAAAAAACUCAAGAUAUAGUGGAGAACAGAAUAACUUCAGUAAUUAUAGAAACGUUAUUGUAAACUUGUCACUAAAUGCCAAGAACUAAAGGAAGAUACUGAUAUCCAUAUCACCGAAGAUAUCACCAACAACAAGUCAAAGGAAGAAGCAAACCUUGUGCUAUGUAUUCCCGGGGGCUUGAACCAGGUCAGGGUAACACGAGUCCAAUUUUGUGGCAACGAUAUGCAAUUGGCAACGUUCUUCCAGGACUCUCUCAAGGAAUUGCCUGUGCAACAUAACUACAGGAGCACCAGAGUGGUGUACAUUGUCUCAACUCUCUCGCAAGAAAAAUACAGGUAUACAUGAUGACAACUACUUUCCAAAAGAUAAUUUAUAAAACUAUGGGGCAUUACUGCCAUUACUUUGUUGUACACAAUGAUUAUUUUUGUUGUAAUCAACUUUACUUAAUAAAAACAAAAAAAACAACAACUACAGAUAUCACUAUCA